AUGCCGGUGUCGGCGCGGGAUGACGGCUCGAGCGCGGGCUCCCGGGAGUCCAGCCCGGCCGCCGCGCGCGCCGCCGCUCGCUCCGGCUCCACGUCUGGCUCCCGCGCCGGCUCCCGGCGCCGCCGCACCGCCAGAGCUUUGAUCGAGGGUCUCCAUCUCCACGAAGCCAUCAUACGUAGCGACCCGGCGGCCAUCGAGACGAUUCUGAAGGCUCGAGUGGACGUAAACGUAAAGUACAAGGGCGUGACGCCUCUGAUGCGGGCAGCCAAGAGGGGAGACAUCGACGCUGUGCGUCUGUUGCUUUCAGCGAAAGCCGACAUCGACGCUCAGAACAAGAAGCAGGAGCGCGCCAUCCAUCUCGCUGCGAUGGCGGGCCACCUGGAGGUGCUGAAGGCGCUCAUCCACAGCGGCGCUGACCUCACCGUGCUCAACAAGCGCGGCCAGAACUUCCUGUUCGCCGCCGUGCUGGCCGGCCGGCCGGCCGUCAUCCGGUUCGUGCUGGAGCACCUGGAGCACUACGACCUGCACGCGCUGGACGGUCAGGGCCGCUCGCUGCUGCACGCGGCCGCUCAGCGGGGCCACAAAGAACCCGCCCAGCUGCUGGUGCAGGCCGGCUGCGACGUCACCGCCACGGACGCGCUGGGUCGCACCCCGCUGCACGCCGCCUGCGCCGAGGGCCACGCCGAGGUGUGUGCCCUGCUGCUGCGCCAAGAGGGCGUGCGGCCGGACCAGGCCGACCUGACAGGCUGCUGCCCCCUCCACCUGGCCGUGCUGGCUCAGGCGCGCCCACUGGUCGACCUGCUGCUGGCCACCGGCGCGCCGCUGGACGCCGCCAACCGGGAUGGGGAGACGCCGCUGCACCUGGCGGCGAGGGCCGGCAACGCCGAGCUGGUUGGCGUCCUUCUGGCGGCCGGCUGUGACGUCAGCGCCACCUCAAAGAUGGGUAACACUGCAUUACAUCUGGCAGCUUCUGGAGAAUCACUGGCAAUUUCACGAACCCUGCUCAGCAAAGGUCUCGAUGUCACGAAUCAAAACAAGAGGGGAGAGACAGCUCUGCACCUGGCGGCGGAUGCUGGCAAUGAGGAGCUGUGUCGGGUGCUGAUGGAACACGGCGCCUCGCUGGAUACCAAGGAACAGGGUGGCCGAACGCCGCUGUAUAUCGCGGCCAGGGGUGGCUUCGACACCCUGGUGGACAUCAUGAUCUGCCACUCACGCGCCAAGAAGGGUCAAAACGGCAUCUCAUCAACAACAUUUCUGGACGAUGAGACACAUCUGAAGCUGCUCUUGCUGCCGCCAAUCAUACGCGUUACAUGGCUAAACAACAACCAAUCAGAACGCGUCGAAGAGCUGAUACGGGCAGUCGCCAAUCGGUUUCUGCCGCGGGGCAAGUGGAAGGCUCUAGCCAGACACUGGAACUUCACUGAAGACCAGAUAGAGGCCAUCGAACACCAGUUCACUGGGCCGGACAGCUACAAGAGCCACGGCUACCGGCUGCUGCGUCUCUGGCACCGCACGCUCGGCCACGAGGCCGACCCGAUCGGUCUGCUGCACAGCGGCCUGGCCAGCGUCGGCGCUGAACCGAGCGUCAACUUGUCAGAGCUGUCUGCAAACGAGGAAGAGAUGCAGAGAUUUGCAUCGCUACGAGCAACCAGCAAACGACCAAGUCUUCACUGUCCCGAUCAUUGCUUGUGCGUCAUUUUGUGAAUGCUGCUAUUUUUGCCAGGUGUUGCAAUGCUCCAUCAUGCAGUUUUUAACCUGUGCAUGGCUUUUUGCCUAGGUGUCGUAGA